AGAGACUGUAAAAAAUAACCUUUAACCUGAAAUACGUCGUUCCAAGCGCGAUGCAUCUACCGAAAAAAUCCGUGUUCGAUUUUUGCCCCGCUCUCCCAUAGUGGUGACGUUAACGUACAAAUUCCAAAUUGAACGGAUUUUAAGCGUUCUUACAAUCGAUAAGUGUACCUGAAGGUGUGUUCUUACAACAUGAGAACACAAAACACAAUUAGCCUACAAACACACUGGAAUGCAGCUAGGACAGCUUUCGAAGCCACUCGAAGCAAAUGUGACGUAACUCGGCUGUUGCUGAUGUCUAAUCGAAAAACGCCCACAGAUCCAGAAGUCUUUCAGCAGAGCUGCUUCACUAACUUCCACGGGAACUCGGGAUGAGUCAGCGAGCUGAAGGUCCUCCGACGUCUAACGUCAUGGAAGUAUCGACUUACUCCCAAGUUGUUUUCAACGAAGUUCCUCAGUCUUAUAUUCCAAAUUCCCCAGUGAAAUGCAGCUAUAAACUGACUGCAGCCAUCGAACCACACCGUAGAGACUGGGUGGGAAUUUUUAAGGUUGGCUGGAGCACCACAAGGGAUUACUACACCUUUGUGUGGGCUGCACCAUGCUCUAACCCUGUGGGAGAGGAGCCAGUGGAACAGCAUGUGACAUUUGAUGCGUAUUACUUGCCCAAAGAGGAUGGAGAGUUCUACCAGUUCUGCUUUGUGGAUAGCAGCGGUCAGGUGAGGGGUGCCAGUAUCCCAUUUCGCUUUGAGAGCCCAGCAGAAUCCAGCCUGGAUUACAGCAUGGACAAUGACCUGCUGGUGAUCAGUACACAGGGGCAGGUAGAGAAAGAAAAAGAGGCGGUGCACAAAGAGAUGGAGAAACAGAAGGAGACCAUCAAUAUCCUGAGAGCUGAGCUCAAUGAGCGACUACUGGAGAUCAGCUGCCUCAGGGAGUCCAACGUGGAGUUGGGUCAGUCAGUGAGCCGGCUGGAGCAAGAGCAGGCCCAGAGAGAGACGGAGAGAGAGAAGGAGAGGGAGCAGUGGGCAAGCCAGCAGGAGAAUGAGAGGACUCAGCAAGAGAGGGAGAGGCAGAUCCUGGACAGCCACCAUGGGUUGAUGCAGGAGCCAAUAGCCCAGAACACUGUGGGCCUGGAGGAAUCCAUGAGGGAGAGGGAGGUGCUCCAGCAGAGUGUAUCCACCUGGCAGGAGAAGUAUCAACAAGCUAUGACCAAAAUUAACCUGCUGAAGCAAGAGCGAGCAGAGCUGAAAGAAAAAAUUGCAACACAGGAGGCUGAGGUCACACAGCUAAGUUCCCGCAUAAGAGAAAUGGAUCAGGAGAAGCAGCAGAACCUUGAGGAGCUGCAUAAACAGCAUGAUCACAUCAUACUGUUGCAGGUGGACCUCCAGAGCAGCCAGAAAGAGACGGUGAAGCUGGCAGGGGAACUGCGGGAGCUGCGUGCACAGGCAGAGGCGGCAGAAGGACUGUGCCGUGAGAAUCAGGCCCUGCAGAGGACCCUGUCCGAACAGGACGGAAAGGACAGAGAAGACCUCGAGAAACUGGAGGUGAAAGAAGAGCUACGCAAGGAGAGACAGAGCAGUGAGGAGUCACGCAGGCAGACCGGCCGAGCCCUUCAGGAGCUGAAGGAAGCAAAGGAAAAACUGGAAAAUUUGGUCAAGGAUUUCCAGGAGAAGGAUAAGCUGAGCAGCGAACAAGAGAAGCAGCUGAUGGAUUUACAAAAGAUCCUUGAUGAAGAAGUCAACAUGGCAACAAUUAUGAGAGUCGAGAAGGACAAGCUGUCCCAGGACAACCAGGAACUGAAGAGAACUAUUGAAAAACUGUGUGAAGAGGUGGCACACCUCAAGUCCUUGUCUGCUCCUUCCCCUAUUUCCUUUCAACACUCUAACCCUUACACUUCAUCACAUGUUACCCUUGGAUCCCAGAACCCAGAGGCUGACCCACUCCUCUAUGGGAACCCCUUUGAAGCUCCAGCUACUUCAAGCACGGAGGAACUGCUGAUGAUGUGCCGGUAUUGCCAAGAGAUCUUCCCGGAUAUCAGCAGGUCGGAGCUGGAGCAGCAUGAGGAAAGCCACAGGGUGUGCCCCUUCUGCACACUCAUCUGUGACUCCAUGGAUCAGCAUGGCUUUGAGGAGCAUGUCUACAGCCAUGAGUAGGGUGAUGUCCUAGAAGCACAUCACUGCAACCCAAACAACGGCAUUAAAAUAGAACCUGAGAUACAUACUCUUAAGGAAUGGAGGUUAUUCAGAGCCUUAUGUUUUAAGAGGCCCACAUUUUGUAGCUAUAAAUUGUUUUAUACCUUAAGGUUAUACAUAUUUGAUUAUUUUUAUUUUCAAAAAAGUAUGGCGAGUGAGCAGUAAAGAAGUUGACCACAUACGAAUACAAAUUAAGCAACCCCAAGACACUGGUAUAGCAAAGCCCCUCUCCUAGAACUUGAAUUCAAGCAGAUGACAUCCACAUACCUACCAAAGUGAUUUUGGCAAUCAGUUAAUGGAGGUCCAGCCUAGAUCGAUACAUAGUAAAAUAUUAUGUAAUACUAUAAGAAAAGCAUAAUCCACGAUGAGGUGUGCAGUUGUAUGAUUUUAAUACAUGACACAGUGGCAAAGAACCAUCUGAGAGAAAGUGAAGGGUGUUUGCAUCCACAGAUGUUUUAAAGCUAGUUCCCGUAUGACAUCUUACGGAACAACUGGUAUCAACACUAGAAUUGUGUGAAUUUAGAAUGGUUAUCAGACUGUUUGACUGAACUGCUUGUAAAGUAAGGGCCAUAUUUACAAAGCUUUUUGCGACUAUUUUGCAGACACGUAUAUGGUACAUUUUGCCCCAGAAACAUGCAUCUUGUUUAUCAGAGGCACACGGGGCUGGAAGCACAGUAUUUGUGUGAUCUGGGAGUGUUUGCAAGGUGUGCUUCCCUCCUUAAUGCAUAUACAUUUAAGGGAGGAUUGCCCAAAUAAAAGGCACAGAUAUUAUCAGUGUGGCUGAUUAUGUAUUCUGUUGAAUUUACUUCCCAAACUUAAGUUUGCACAAUUAAUGAGGGCCUAUUGGGUGCCUGGCACUGAAAAUAUUGGCUAAAGUCACAGAACACUCACAGCAAAGUUGUAAAAAAUUGCAAAAAUCAGAAAAAAGUAUUAACUUAUUAAAUUAACCAAUAUAUAUCAUGUGCAGCGGUCUCGGAAAUAGUAAGCUUUUUGCCUUUAACAGAACAUUGUUAGCAACCAAGAAUACAGAGUAUACAUAAAUUUCAGUACUAAAAUAAUAAAACAUAGGGUUACUGUGUUUGUUUUUAUUUCUUUAAAGUUAGAUUUAGUACGUCGCAAGGUUUUUUGAGCGUCUGUUGUCACUGACGUUACCGUAGCUACAGGAAGAGCACACAAAAAAUAAUGGAAAGCAUUAAACAGAGAAAUUCACAGUCCUGCCGAAGACUAAAAUAAUGUAAUAUCUGUGACACCUGCGACUUCUGUGACAGCCAUAGAAAUAAUUACUCUUCUAGAUGAAAUAAAACAUGACCUAGAACCUACUGCACAUUCCCAUUCUAUCCUGACAAUAGUCAUGCUCCUUUCAAAAUGACUCUAUCUUGCAUCUGGAUCAAUUCAAUCAGCAAUUGCCGCCACAGCUGGAUUAUACGCAUUUUGUUCUGCGCUGUCCAUUUUUCUGGAUAUGCUCUUAAGUGGCACCAGAAGAUUCAUCAAUUUCCCCACAUUCAAUGAACAUAUUCAGUAUUAAAUAAACUCUUACAGAGUUUAUGAGUCCACUAUGACCAGACACUGGACACUAGACAUUUUACUGUGUAUUCAAUGCACAUGAUUAAUCAAAUAUGUAUUGCCUAAAAAUAAAACAUUUAAUAAAUACAUUUUUUUUGCUUUGUUGUGAACCAUCGCUGUACUAGUCUAACUAAGUAGUAGUUUAAAAAUGGCUUAAUGGCAACCCAAUAGAAUUGACCCAUUUACUGUAGGAGUGUCCAUCAAAAUCACUUUGGCCACAUUGUUCUGAACAAGCCAAAACAUGAAUGGUGUUGAUAGCUUGAGAAACAUGGCUGCUAUAAUAAAAUUGAUAUUUAUCAUUGUUGGCCAUUUUUCCAUGUGAACAAAUAACACUUAAAAAUCUUCUUCUCAUGAAGCAUAAUUCUGAUCAAAAUGGCAUUUAGAACAAGAAUACUUUGUUCUGACACUAACCCUAACUAAAUUGCAAAGGAAAAGUUUGUUCAAAGAUGGCAAAAUGACAGCCAAUCAUAUUUCAGUAUAAAUAAAUUAUCAUACAAUACAAUGCCAAGUGAGCACCAUUGCUUGGUCUGAUUAAUUCCAGACAUGGUUUUCGACCUUGAAACAUGUUCUGAAUCGAAGGGCAUGGCGUUCUGAACAAGGCAAAACUUGCAUGGUGUCAAUACCAUGUACAAUAUAGCCACCAGUAGGGUUUUAAUAUUCAACAUUCAUUGGGGUUGUGGGGUGUUCAGGGUUGUGCUUUGAAGUAUAAAUCCAUGAUAAUUCAUGGUGUUGUUAGAUGGACAUGGUUGACUUGCAACAAGGCAAAGCUUGAAUGGUGUUUUUAUUAGGCCAUUGUUCCAUUUGAAAAAAAUAGCGCUUAAAAAUUUCCUUUCAUGAAGCAUAAAACUGGUCACAUGACAUUCUUUAAAAAAACCUUUCUGUGUGAGUUCUGCAAAAGAUACAUGACAUAACAGCAUAAUUGGUCUACUGACAACUCAGAGCAACAAAUGCUACCCAUUUUGCUUUCUCAAAAAUGAAAACAUUACAAGCUGUGUUAAGUUCUUAUAACUCCCAAAGGCUAUGUAAAUUGGUUUAAAUUUUGACGACCAAGGAGGGGUUAAUGCAAAUACAUCCUAUUAGAGUUUAUUACAGAGAAAUUGAAAGCUACUGGCCAGGAAAAUAAAUGCUCAGUUUUUGCAUCAGUGAAAAUGACAAAUAUAAUGCAUGUAUUGUGUAAUAUAGAGCUUGAGGUGUAAUUGCUUAUCCAACUGGAAGGUUCAUACUGUUUGAUGGACCAGUCAGUCUGUGACUCAAUUAUGGUUCUUCAUCACUGGGGUUCUUCUGUACAUGACAGCCAAGGACAAAAGAAUUUUGAGAAUUUUUUUAUUUGAUGAAGAUUAGUAACCUAUAGCACUUAUCAGCAAUUUUAGACAUUUAGCAUUAUUUUAUUAUUCUUCAUGUUCUUUGCUUUCUUGUUAUUUUGUCUGAUUUGAUAUAUAUGUUUUUUUUUUUUGGAUGAAACCCUUAAAGUUGAAUCCAUUAAUUUGGCUGUUAAAUAAAUUAAAAUAUAUAUUCACCCUUGAAGGUCGAAGAUGAAAUAUGGAAAUUUGUGUGUCCCAAUGCAAUUUAAUGCAAUUGUUUCGUAUUAUUUUGUCUGUUUGUUCGAUUUUAUCUCUUACUAUGUGUGUAUUGUAUGUAUUUUAUGUUUGGACCCCAGGAAGAUUAGCUGCACACUGUGUAUUGCUAAUGGGGAUCCUAAAUGAAUAAAUAAAUAAAAAAACGAACAUGUAAA